CCUCGCUCCUACAUCAUCAAACAGGUGGACAUGGUUACUAACCCUCGCUCCUACAUCAUCAAACAGGUGGACAUGGUUACUAACCCUCGCUCCUACAUCAUCAAGCAGGUUGACAUGGUUACUAACCCUCGCUCCUACAUCAUCAAACAGGUGGACAUGGUUACUAACCCUCGCUCCUACAUCAUCAAACAGGUGGACAUGGUUACUAACCCUCGCUCCUACAUCAUCAAACAGGUGGACAUGGUUACUAACCCUCGCUCCUACAUCAUCAAACAGGUGGACAUGGUUACUAACCCUCGCUCCUACAUCAUCAAGCAGUACUAACCCACACUCUCUCCACUCUUGUGUAUCCUGCAGUGUGUAUCUACAUCAACAAGCAUGUCAACAUGGGUCCUAACCUGGACAGGAAGAAGCUGCAGCAGCUCCCAGAUCAUUUUGGGCCUGACAGGCCCUCGGUGGUGCUGCAGCAGGCCGUCCAGGGGUGCAUCGACAGCGCCUUCCAGCAGAAAGCCGUGUUCACUCUCCUCACACAGGGCUACGGAGGGGAGAAAAUAUCAGCGACUUUCGAUGGGAAGCAACACCUUCUGAGUCUUCCUGUGGUCAACAGCAUGGGCUACGUUCUACGCUUUCUCAAGAAGCUCUGUCGCAGUUUGCACUGUGAAAACCUCUUCAGCGACCAACCAAUCCCCCAGCAUAAUAAUGCCUCCUACCAAUCAGAGGCUGAAACCUCCAUGCCAGAGGAGUAUCUUCUGGACCCGUCAGACAAACGCUACUCAAUGGACCCAGGUGACUCCGCCUUCAGUGCCAUAAGCUCCUCCUACUCAUCCAAACCAUCCUAUGGAUUCCGCUCCUCGCAGCAGUUCCCCAAUGGCUCCUCCCCCUUGGGCAUGUGUAGACAGACGUCCAGCCCUAACUCCUUCCUGGAAGGCAACAGGAUAGCGUACAAUCCAUCUCAGGACUCCCAGGAGUCCAAGCCGCCCCCCAGUAAGGACCCUUCCACCUGGAGUGUAGAGGAUGUGGUGUGGUUCAUCAGAGACGCUGAUCCGCAGUCCCUGGGCCCUCACGUGGACGUCUUCAGGAAGCAUGAGAUAGAUGGCAACGCUCUGUUACUUCUAAAGAGUGACAUGAUGAUGAAGUACCUAGGACUGAAGCUGGGGCCAGCCCUGAAGCUCUGCUAUCACAUCGACAAACUAAAACAAAACAAGUUCUAAAUCUGAACAUUUUUUCACGUCAUCAAUCUGUGGGACCCAACUUUGUGGAUGCGUUCCAAAUGGUACCUAUAACCCACUCGUUUUGACCGUAGCCCUAUUGGCCCUGGUUAAUACUAGUUCAAUAUAUAGGGAAUAGGGUGCCAUUUGAGACGCUAUAUUUUACUGAUUAUUUUUUGCAUUUUCAUACAUCAUGUAUCUAAAGAACACAAUGUG